CUGAAGUCUCUCUUUCCCUCGCGAACAAUUCCUCGAUCCACCUCUUUCGAGACGUUCAAAUCAAUGUUGCCCCUACAUUCAUCCUUCCCCGUGUCUGUGCUGGCAGAGCACAGCUGCAGUCAUGCAUGUGGACACUGUCUUUCUUGUGUGUCCCAUGAUUUUUGCAGCCUUAUGGAGGGGGGUCCAGGCCGUCUCCCCUGUACCCUCAGUCCCUGACCGUGUCCAGGCUCUGGCGGGCUCCUGCGUGGUGAUUCCCUGCUCCUUCACAUCUCUCGCUCCUCACCCUCUCAAAGGGAGGAGGGACAGGGUGGACGUCCGGCUCAGGUUCAGAGGUGGUGGCCAUUUAUUUCCUCUCCGGAGCACUGCUUUCAACAGCGAGGACAGGGAUCAGGUGAGCAGGGAUUUCCAAGGCCGCGCAUCCCUCUUUGGGCGACUCACAGAUGGUGACUGCUCGGUGAAGAUGGAGCGGAUCAGCCUGGAUGACUCGCGCAUGUUUGAGAUUGCUCUGAAAAUGGGGGAUGACUUACUCUGGGGGAAAUCAAGGAGCUUCAAUUUGGAUGUUGUUGACACUCCCGAGGCACCCGUCAUCAGCGGGACGUUGGCAGCCACAGAAGGACAGCUGGUCACCUUGAACUGCUCCGUCGGCUAUCACUGCCCCUCCAGACCCCCUGCCCUGCGGUGGAGCUGGGAGAGGGGAGCGCAGACGAACAGCAGUGGACCUGGGGAGGUGCUGACGCUCUACCCACAGCCCCACGGGCUGAUGUUACUGGCCCCGCUGUCAUUUACUGUGUCACACCAGGUGAAACCCAGGCUCAGAUGUGAGGUCACCUACCCAGGAGCCAAAUCGCUGGCCACUACAAGGGAUCUCCAUGUGACAUUUCCACCAAAAGAGGUGAAGGUCCAGGUCGAGACCUUGACAGUGCAGGAGGGGGGCAAUGCCUUGCUGGUUUGCACAUGUAAAGCUGACCCUCCAGUGACGGAGUAUCGCUGGUCCUACACUCAACGCGGCCGCACGGUGCAUCUCCACCAGCGCACGCACACUGUUCGGGUGUACAACGUGACUCGGGACAUGAGGGUUCGCUGCUUGGCACAGAACCUGAUUGGUCGGGGAGAGUCCCGGCCCACGCCACUGAACAUACAAUAUAAACCGGUCAUCGGCCGAGUCUCCUCCACCUGCGUAGAAGAGGAGUUGGAGGUGACGUGUCGCUGUUCAGUUGACUCCAACCCCCGACCUGCGGUCACCUGGAGCGUUAACGGGACCGUCCCACCUCGUGGCUACAACCUCACUGUGACGUCGGAGCCUCACAUGCUCACGGCAACUCUGAGGGGCCACAUGGACAAACCCCUGACGGUGGCCUGCUUUGCUUUCAACGCUCUGGGAAAUGACUCCCUGGUUUUGCUGCAGGGAGGAGAAGUGACGGCACACUUGUGGUGGUUGCUGCUACCUGCUGUGGCCAUCUGCCUGCUCAUAUUCCUUCUGUCUGUAAUUUUCUACUGCUGCUGAAAAAGAGCUGGAGAAAAUAUCCUGAGUAGACGUCCAGCUGUUUACCCCGAAGGACUGGGAAUUUAUCAGGACAGGAGGCCUCUCUACCUUAACUGCACAGAGGUGACCCACAUCUACACCAACGGCAGCUACCAACUUGUAUACCAGAACUGCACGCCUCUUUUUGUCCAUACCAACCAGAUUCGCCCAAUAGGCAGAAGAGGUGGGGAGAGAAGAAGAGGAGGCGAGGGAGAAGGUAUGGACGGACGAGCCGCUGUGGGAGUCCAAGGCACGAGAGAGGUGCAGAGUCCUGCUGUGGCUGACGCGGAGACGGCCAUCUACCUGGAGAUCCUCUGAGUCACCUUAUUCACCAUGUUGCAUUAAACUUCCACUAGACUUCAGAUUCGUUCUCUCAUUAAUGGUGAUCCAUAUGUUUAUGUAGCUCUCAGAUCGUUGCAUAUAGUCUACGUGUCAUCAGCAUUUCACAAUCAUGCACUGUGAUCUCGUGAUCUCUUUCGUAAAUGAAAAAAAAUAGAAGAUGAAAAGAUAUAAUAAAAGAUUAUGAGUAA